UCGCGUUACAAUUUACUUUAUUUUAAUUAAUUUAUGCAUAUAGUUUGAAGAUCAUUCUUCAAAUAAAUGCUGAAUUUGUUUGCGAUGAAUGUUAAUAUCUCUUGAAUGUAAAGCAUGAGAGCUCCCGCCCUCUGCUUGCAGAGGUCGAAAAGCCAAGUCCCAAAUUAAAUGUUUUUUUUAAAGAAAUUUUAUAAAAAAUUAUUUUGUAAUAUACAUACAUAAAUAUUUAUUCUUUGACUAUGGGAAGUAACGAGGAGCAUUUGCAUUUAUAUGAAGUAUUUCAGAAUUGUUUCAAUAAAAUAGCAUAUCGACGUGAUAGUAACAGAGAUGUGCCAUAUGAUGUUUUAUAUGAAAAUGAUUGUGAUAAAGGCUUGCCAGAGGAUCCCUUGUCUAACUCCCAUGCUACACGAGGAUUAGAAGAUCCACUAGUUAAUCCUGAGAAUCCUCCUGAUCAUUGGCCCUUAGGCUGCAAUGUUUAUGAUGGUAACGGAAAUAAGGGUCAAAAUAAUUAUGCUUCUGAGACCUUUGAUCGUGACACACCACCAUAUUCCAUGCAGAAAUCUGCCACUUAUGCUGAUGGGUAUUACAUGAAUGAAAGUGUUCCAGAUACUUGGUCUUCCAAUGCAAGUCACAAUUCUCCCAAUUAUUCCUUCUCUGCUUCAUUAAUGCCCAAUGGUCCAUCUUUAAAUCAUGCAGCUCCAGGUUUUUCUUCCAUGUAUUUGCCAUCUGAUUUGUUGCAGACAUGUGCAACAGAGCAGACUAAUAGCAGCUUUUCAUCAACGCAGUCGACUCCCAUCAGUUCACCACCUCCCCUAGCACCUGCAGUGCCUAAUUGGCAACGAACCAAUAAUCAGUUCAAUGUACCACCUGCAUCAUAUACAGAGCUAACAAAUACAAAUCCUAAUGGAAUUAGUGAAGAGAAUAUAGAUGAGGCCAUUAAUGUUCUAAGGAAUCUUACGGAAGGCCCUGUGUUACAAACUCUGCAGCCGGCUGUGCCUAUGGGGUCACCCAACAAUGUUAACAACUUUCAUUCCAAUGUUGUGCCAGGAAACUCGUCAAACCUUUUAAGAAGUUUUCCUGGGGUUAUUCCUAUUAACCAAGUUCAACAAAAUGGACUUCCAGAAAACAGAAGAACACUUGUAGGACCUUCAAGCCAAACAGUGCCAACUUCACAAAACUUUGCCACAGCCACUCCGUGUCUGAGUGCCAAGUCUGAAACUUUGCAAGGUGCCAAAGAAUUACCGAAUUUACAAGUGUCUGCUGACUCCAUGCCCAUGAUUCCGCCAGCUGCAGGAAAUACAACUUCCACUAGGAAAGCUCCACAAUCUCGAGGUGCUAAAAGAAUUCGCUCUCGAUCAAUAGAAGAUGAUGAUGAUAAUGAUCCACCUGAAAUCAAAGCAGAAAAAGAAAAAGAACGAAGACAAGCAAAUAAUGCCAGAGAAAGGAUCCGUGUCAGAGACAUCAAUGAAGCUUUUAAAGAACUUGGGCGCAUGUGCUCAUUGCAUUUGAAAACAGACAGAGCUUUAACAAAAUUAAAUAUUCUUUACCAAGCAGUUGAAGUAAUUUCUUCCCUGGAAAAUCAGGUUCGAGAGCGAAACCUGAAUCCCAAAGUUGCUUGUUUAAAAAGACGAGAAGAUGAGAAAAAUGAAGAAAUACCAAAAGGCCCAGUCGGAAUGAGUCACCUGAUGGAUCCAUUUCCACAGAUGAUGACUCAACCAGUGCAGCCGGUAAACCAGUUAUCCCUACCUGUGUCUCAAUCUUGAAAAACUUCCCCUUCAUUUUCCAGUGACUGACAUUGUGUGAAAUGUUUGAGUUUUUUAAAGAAAUAAAACCAAAGAAUAUACUUAAAAAUGUGUAUAAGAUUUCAGAAUAUGGAUUCAAUGAAUCAAGGGAAAUAAACUUAUUCCUUUAACAUUGUUUAGAUUGCUUAGCCAUUGCAAUCUAGGAAAUCAACCAGGAUAAAUAAUUACAGAAGAUGCAUUCUAUUUAGAUGUGAAAACUACAUUGCAGACUAAUUUUACAUACCUCAGUGCUUACAAUGUCAUAAAAUUUCAUAAGUAUUGCCUAUUCUUUGAGAUAUUCCACAGUUACUGUUUGAGCAGGUUUCAAGUUUUUAUCAAAACUUUCAUUGAGUGUGAACAUGUCAUAAAAUAGUUCAACUGAUACAGACAUUUGUUUCAUAAUCGAAAUGAUAUAUUUAAAAGUGAUCUAAAAAAAGACAUUGAACCAAAUUGCAGUUAUGUUACGAUCAUUGAUUUAUUACAAUACCAUACCAUUAUUUUUUAUAGUAUAAAAAUCAUAAUGCUGAAAUUACCUUUUCUACACAUAUUCUAUGUUUUUUAAUUGUUAUUGAAAUGUGUAAAAAAUCAUUUAAUAACAUGAUAGCGUUUAAAUACUCAUUCAUAUACCUGCCAACACUUCCAUGAUUCCAAUAGUGCAUUUUUCUCUGAUUUAUACUCUCUUUCAUAGGAAAUUUCUGUUAUCAAUGCUACAAAUAUGCAUUAAAAUUUUAAAAGUAAGAGUGCAUGUAGCUAUGACAAACCAAGUACUUGUAUUACAUGCAACAUGUUCUUAUUAGAACUCCUUAGUCAGGAAUAGUGAAUAACCAAGCUGGAGAUAGAUGUCAUCUCAUUGAAGAGUAUCAGCAGUAUGGUGCAGUUCAACCCGUGAAUUGAAUUCGAAGCUUAGGUAUUUUGCAGUAAGUUACUGCCCCUAAGCCAGGGCUAAGGCAUAACUACACACAAUAUACCAGACAGCCCAGUUAUCACAUCCUGAGACUGCAGUUUCGUUUUUAUUUGAACUCCUCAGUCAGGAAUAGUGAAUAACCAAGCUGGAGGCAGAUGUCAUCUCAUUGAAGCUGAGGGUGCCAUCAAAGUGGCAGGAUGUGAUAACCGGGCUGUCUGGUAUAUUGCAUGUAGUUCUGGGGGGAAUUAGGGCUGUAACUUACUGUCAAUUACUUGUAUCACCCUCUCCCUCCCCCUUUCUGAAGAUACUUGUGUCUGUUUCAUUUACAACACUUAUGCCUUGAAAUACACAUUCAGUUUAUCCUUAUCAAGACUUGGAAUACUUUUUUGCUUUUAACUGCAGUCUCCUUAAGUUCAGACAAAUUUGUUCAUCUAAAGGAAAAUAAGACAUUCAUUGAUUUAACAAUGAAUCAAUAUAGCAAUCAGACUAGAGGCAGGUGGAGAAGUUCAUGAAGGCAUACCCCCCCCCCCCCCUCAACGGUCGACAUUAUCCAUCCUUGCGUGUUGUGCAUGGUUAUAAUUUAAUAAUUGUAAAACAAGAGGAAUAGAUGUUGAAUAUCAUGCAAAUCUAUUAUUAUGCAUUGUGUUCAAAUACUUUAUGAAUCAAAUGUAAGUGAAUUCGAUAAUUUAAAUCUCUUUUUAAUUCAGUAAUUACUUUUUAAGAAAGUAUUUGAAAUAACACUUCCUUUCAUUGCAUAUGAAAUCAUUUGAUAAAGUUUAUGUCCUAUGAAGAACCUUAUUCCUUGCUAAUUUGGUGCUUUUAAUUGACCAGUUCCAGAAACGUCUUGUGCCCAUAACUCUUAAUUCUCCAGCAUCAUCCCCUCCUCCCCUAAAAUGGUAGUCUUUAUCUGGUUCUGAAUCAGACAAUGAUUAGGUAUUUAUUCUUACGAAUGUCUCUGUAAAAUAUGCUUUUUGCUACUAGAUGAGAAUUCUUGUUGAUUUUUUUUGCUAAGAUCUUUUUGACAUAAGAUUUAAUGUAAAGUAUGAUUUAAGGGUUUUAAAAUUCAAAUUUAUUUUCAAAAUAAUAUCCUGCUUAAUAAUCACAUAAUUCUAUUGCGACUGGAAAAAAUACUAUGAGUGCUAAUAAAGAUAUAUAGUGGUAAAAUAUGGUGUUUUUUUUUUUUUUUUUUUUUUUUUUGCCCCCUUAAUAUUCUGCUGUUUAACUUUCACAUUCUUUUCGAAUUUGAAAAGUUGGCAGGUAUGCAUUUCUUGAAACUUCUAUAUUGUUUUGAUGUGGAUUAUCUAAAAAAAUUCCUGUGUUCAUCUUUCUAUAUGUAUCUUUUAUGUAUUAUCUUUGUAAUUUCUUUAUUUUCCCUGUUAAGUGGUCGUAUUGUGUUUUAAUUAAAUUAUUUUGUAGUAAAAAAAGAAAAGUUUUAUUUUUAAUUUGUUUGUAAGUUUACCAGUUUUUAGAUAACUAUAUUCCAUAUUAUUUUAUGUUUUACCACAAAAGUUAGUAAACUGUAUUAGAGUACAUUCUGUAUAGUAUUUAUUACAAUGCACUUUUAUUCCGUGUUUUUUCCCCUUCAUUUAUUUUUGUAUUGCACUUGAUUAAAAAAAAAAAAAUAGUUAAUCAUUCUGACUUAUUCAGAAUACACAAUUUAUUACUUUUGUAGUUCUUCUCUAAUGUUAAGAAUUAAUUUUAAACAAAAUAAAAACAUUAUGUAAUUGAUUUUGAUUUCUGUGUUUUAUAUUUAUAAGUUUUCCUGCAAGUAUCACAUGACAUUAUAGAUGAUAUGCAUUUUUUGCAUUUAUAUACUGUACCUGUUUUAGCAUUAAUUUUAGCUAUUUGAUAACAUUUAGCUUGUAAAUAUUGUAAUAAGUAUGAGAGAUGCAUUUUUUUCACUAUCAUGCCUAAUGCUAAAAAAUUAAUCUACAAUGUUAAAUGCUUAUUUUAUAAUAUUUUUGUAUUGUCUUUUUACAGUGUUUUAUCAUAGAUUUUAUGUAUAGCUUAUGCCAUAUAUAUUCUUCGUGUUUCAGAGACACUAUAAUUUGAGGAAAGAAAACAAUGUUUAAAACUAUGCUUCUUUAAUAUAUAAUUUGAAAGAUAACUAGAAAUUUGUUUUCUAUAUAAGCAUAAAAUAACAAUGCAGUUGUAUCUUUUAAAAUGCCUGAGAUACAAUUAGAAACUUUAUUUUCAAGAAAUUAUUUUAAAGUAAAAAAUGUUGGUCAUAAUUGACAGUACUCGUCAUAAAUUUGCACAGUUAUAAAACUGUUGAAUGUUGAAAAUUAUGUUUAUCAAAACAAUAUCAUUUCAACAGUACUAUUUUCAGUGGUAAUUUUGAUCAUGUCUAUCACUAUUUAUCAAACCUUAUUUGUUAACUAUGUAUUUUGUCUCUGUUGCAUGAAGAUAAUUUCAACUAAGAAAUGUAUUAGCGGUGGACAGUGUUUCUGUUAUUGUCCACUUGCUGUUAAGUCUUAGUGCCAGCCAUACUCUAGAGUUUCUACUAGUUCAAUUUAUUGCUGAAUGGGUAAUUAUGUGCCCAAAUUUUAAUUACCCGCUGUGCACAGUCUUCAUAAUAAAA